CGGCUAUUCAUGUCUCACACGAGUUUUGAGAAAAACUAGUGAUCUAAUGAUGACUACUCUUCUCCGCGAUGUUAAACCGAUUUGCGCGUCUUGUAGAUUCACGAGUCUGCGCUCGCGCAAUGCUCAAAUAGCGAAUGCUCUUAACGUUUUGAGUUCCUGAGCAACCACGGCAGAAAAAACUAAUGCCGCGAUCACAGAGUAUUUGUAUUAAAAAAAGAAAACCAAUUAUAAACUGAUAAUUCCCGUUUGACGGAUGGUAUAAUUUUCCAGCGUAAGGCCACAAAAGCUAAUCCCCCAAGGGACCACUUACAGGUUUUACGAAUAGCUUCUGUUCUUAUACAGUCAUAUAAAUCACACGUUUUGCAUAUAGAAAGCACCACCUCCCCGCGUUCUUCUAACCAAACCCUACCACUAUCCAAUACAGUAGUGUGAUUUGGCUUUUUUUUGUAUUGUAUUGUUUUUUAGUUAGGAUUCUGGAUCUUUGUGCUUGUUCUGGUCGAAUUCUGUCUAACCCAUGUGGCAACGCUGUCAAUGACUUUUGUGUCAGUGUUAUGUUUAUUAGUGCUUUUGUGUUCUGUGCUGCACAACAUCAAACAUGGCAGAUCUGUUUGCAAAAAUACAAUCUACUUGCACCUACUGCCAAGAAGAGAUAAAUGGUUUGAGGAUCCAGUGUUGUGUUUGUCCGGAUUUUGAUAUUUGCUUGCAGUGUUUCUCAGUCGGGGCUGAAAUCGGACCACACAAAAACGAUCACGCCUAUAAAUUUGUAGACCAGUGCGUUUCUAGCGUUUUCGGAGGUAGAGGAGCAUGGACAGGGAAAGAACAACUGCAGUUGUUGGAUGCUGUGGAGGUUUAUGGAUUUGGAAACUGGGAAUCGGUUAGCAAACAUGUUGAAACCAGGACCCCUGAAGAGGUUAAAGAGGAGUAUAUAUCACAUUACCUAGAUGGCAACAUUGGUAAAGCUACCUGGGCCCCCUUAGCAAACCAUAAAUCAGUUUUAGUUGACCACGUACCUGACGAUGAUGGCCCAUUAUCACCUACCACAACUGCUAAAUUACCUCCUUUAGAUAUAACUUUAGAUGAAGCUUGCUUGCUUGGUUACAAGCCCCAUAGGGAUGAUUAUGAGAGGGAAUAUAACAUGGAAGCAGAGCAGUUAGUUUCUAAGUUAACAUUAGAUCCAGAUGAAGAUACUGAGAUGGAGAUAGCAAUGAAAUUAGCUAUAGUAGACAUGUAUACUAGAAGGCUGAAAGAACGAGCAAGGCGAAAAAGAAUAGUGAAAGACUAUCAGUUAGUGGCCAAAUAUUUUGCUAAUCUAAGAAAAGAUCCUAGCAAGAGGCCAAUGACUAAAGAACAGAGAGAAUUGCACGAAAAAAUGCGCGUUUUUUCACAGUACAUGCCAUCUGGAGAGCAUGAACGACUGUUGGCAAGUAUUGAGAGGGAACGAGAACUGAGACAUAGAUUAAAUGAACUGAUUAGAUAUAGGGGUCUUGGACUGAUUACACAAGAAGAUAUAGUCCAUUAUGAGCAACAUGCUGCAUAUAUGAGACAGCAGAAGAACAAGCAGAAAUCUGCUAGAGAUAACAGAACAUCAGCAAUAGUUAACAGAAACAGAUUGUAUCAGUUUGCAUUUCACUUAGGGCAGCAGUGGCGCUGCAGUGAUGGACUCGCAAUUAAAAAACGGAAGAAGCGUAGAAGCCGGCCAAAGUUCGCCCACCGCAAGCUGCACGUGGCCAGCCGCCGGCGGUUCCGCGCCACCCAUGCCGCAGCAUGCGCAGCCGCUGAGCAGUUGCUCAGCGAACAGCAGCAUGGCGUGGGCGGCGACAUCGACGAUGACGUCAUCGACGACGGGGGCAGCCACAGCGGAAGCGGGGGCAGCGGCGGAUCCGGAGACAGCGAUGGAGGGGAUGGAUAGAGUAGUGGAAGAGGAGGAGCCGCUCUUAGAGCCUGUGCCGUUGCACCGUAUGCCUAUGGGGCGGCUCCUGUCCAAAAAUGAGUUACAGCUCUGUGCAAGUUUGGAUAUUCUUCCUGCUCACUUUGUAAGACUGAGGUCUGUAUAUAUUCAGAAGCACAUCUUCCAAGAAAUUGGCCUCUACGAGUAGCAGCAUUAGCUUCAGCUCUUAUCCUAAAGAAACUUACAUACGCGAGGCGGUCUCACAGUAUUUAAGUUACAGCGGUUGGCUACUAAAUGUCUCUGUCACCUGAUAUUCAUAUUGCUCACUCGUUUGAUCCUCACAAGCUGAUUAUUCAUACGGCAUGUGGUUCCUAAAUCCCAGUAUUUCAAUUGCAGGUUGAUUGUGGUUUUGCUGUUGUCUAGAUGUUAACUCUGUAAUGUCAUCCAGAAGUUAACUCGCAAAGCUUUUUUCAAUGUCGGGUUCGCCUGUUAAUGGUAGUUGACUUUAACCAGUCUAUCUACUGAGUUGUUAAUGAUGACAUUAGACACAAGGUCGAGGGUCGGCCACCGUACAAAACACGGUAGUUCAGACUUAGAAGCAGCGUUGCCCGAUUGACAGUUAACCAGAACUUGAAAAUUUACAGACAACUAUUGCAUACCAUAGUUAAUUAACAAAUUAUUAUUACCAAACCAGAAAUUUAACCAGCAAUUGAAAAACCAGGCUUUAUAAAUAAAAAUUAAUUAUGGUGGUCAUCUAUAGUUGUCAGGUCAAGUCUUAGUUACUUUACUAUGUCGUUCAUGUGAAUUACAUUUAGGGUUAGAUAGAAAAAUUUUCCAUCCGAGUAUCAGACAAUUCUCGAAAGAACCGUUUUACAGUACAUCUUUCCAUACAAUAAUAAUUAUAAUAUUUAUCAUUCAGGGUGUCCCACGUAGAACUGCUGCGAUCGAUUACUCGAAAAGUUGACGUUAAUUAAUAAUUAUGGAAACUUGGGCUUUUAACUGAUGAGAAAUUCAGCUAAAAUAUUUUCAAAAUCUUCGCACGAUUCUAAACAGUGACUGACACGUGACCUUCAAAAUUCCCAAACCAAUUAUUUAUAGUAGAUUUUACCAUUCAAAAUAUUGUAGAACAUAGCCUCAUAUUAGUUACAAAUUAAUUUUGUAGUGGUUUAUGGAUUUUAUGCUCUUGUGAUUUUUAACUCGCUUUUUGAGUUUAAACUUUAUCGAAUUUAAGAUAUAUUCAUUUUUUGGUUGAAAUUUUAAGCAUGUCUUUAUUUUAGAAGAAUAUGUAAUUAAUUUAUAUAUUGGAUGAUAGUACAUUAACAUGCAAUUUUGUUUUAUCAGGUGUGAAUAUUCAAUUAAAUAUUUACUACAUUUUUCAUUUCAUUGUUUCACG